AUUCUUAAGGAAGGAAUUCUCUCCCUUUUUCUACCUAGAAGUAUGACAAAAACCCUACACCCUAAGGCCACCUUCCUCUGAAAGCAAAUUUAUAACUGAAUGGAGAAUGAUUCAGCCCUAUGAAAAGAUAAAGGCCAGGGGCCUACCUGAUAAUAUAUCUUCUGUAUUGAACAAGCUGGUAGUGGUGAAACUCAAUGGUGGUUUGGGAACCAGCAUGGGAUGCAAAGGUCCCAAAAGUAUGAUUGGUGUGAGGAAUGAGAAUACCUUUUUGGAUCUGACUGUUCAGCAAAUUGAACAUUUGAACAAAACCUAUAAUGCAGAUGUUCCUCUUGUUCUAAUGAACUCUUUCAACACGGAUGAAGAUACAAAGAAAAUACUACAAAAGUACAAUCAUUGUCGUGUGAAAAUCUACACUUUUAAUCAAAGCAGGUACCCAAGGAUUAAUAAAGAAUCUUUACUGCCAGUAGCAAAGGAUGUAUCUUACUCAGGGGAGAAUACAGAAGCUUGGUACUCCCCAGGUCAUGGUGAUAUUUAUGCCAGUUUCUACAAUUCUGGUUUGCUUGACACAUUUAUAGGAGAAGGCAAAGAGUAUAUUUUUGUGUCUAACAUCAAUAAUCUGGGUGCCACCUUGGAUCUUUAUAUUCUUAAUCAUCUAAUGAACCCACCCAAUGGAAAACACUGUGAAAUUGUCAUGGAAGUCACAAAUAAAAAACGUGCAGAUGUAAAGGGUGGGACACUCACUCAGUAUGAAGGCAAACUGAGAUUGGUGGAAAUUGCUCAAGUGCCAAAAGCACAUGUGGAUGAGUUCAAGUCUGUAUCAAAAUUCAAAAUAUUCAACACAAACAAUCUAUGGAUCUCUCUUGCAGCAGUUAAAAGACUGCAGGAGCAGAAUGCUAUCGACAUGGAAAUCAUUGUUAAUCCAAAGACUUUGGAUGGAGGCCUGAAUGUCAUUCAGUUAGAAACUGCUGUUGGAGCCGCCAUUAAAAGUUUUGAGAACUCUCUAGGUAUUAAUGUUCCUAGGAGCCGUUUUCUGCCUGUCAAAACCACAUCAGAUCUUUUACUUGUGAUGUCAAACCUCUACAGCCUUAAUGCAGGAUCUCUGACAAUGAGUGAGAAAUGGGAAUUUCCUACAGUGCUCUUAGUUAAAUUAGGAAGUUCUUUUACAAAGGUUCAGGAUUAUCUAAGGAGAUUUGAAAGUAUACCAGAUAUGCUUGAAUUGGAUCACCUCACAGUUUCAGGAGAUGUGACAUUUGGCAAAAAUGUUUCUUUAAAGGGAACAGUUAUCAUCAUCGCAAACCAUGGUGAUAGAAUUGACAUCCCACCUGGAGCAGUAUUAGAGAACAAGAUUGUAUCUGGGAAUCUUCGUAUAUUGGACCACUGAAAGGAAAAAUACUGUGUGCACUUUAUACUAAUUUUGGGCUAGUUUCUUACAAUGAAAUGUUCUAAAAUAGGCAGGUACUUUACUAUGUUAUUGUACCCUGCAGUGUUAAUUUUUAAAAUUUUCUGCAGUAUGCUUUUAGUUUAAGAAAAGCACAGAUGGAAGCAAUAUUUUUCUUCUUUGAAGAGGAUCCUAAAAGUUCAUAUUAAAGUGCAAUAUCAUUGAAUCUGAAAACUGGGGCAACUCUGCUGGAAGAUCUAACAGAGGCCUCGAUGAUGGUCACUUUGAAUUGCUCAUGUUUUCAAAAAUAAAGCUGUGAAGCAGUACAUGUGUACACUUAUACCUUUCAAUGCUAACUUUAUGAAAUGGAGAAAUGAAAUGGUUUACUUUUGCUAAAAUUACUAUAUCAGUUGGAAGAUUUGCUCUUGAAAUAUGUACUCAUUGCCCAAUUACCUAAUAAAUCCAGUUUUUGCAUUUCUAAGAAUCUUAACCAUAUCAUUAUUUUUAUAGGAAUUAAACUUGAAGCUAUUCAGUACCUUUCAUCUAAUUCUAAAGCUGGGAUGCCUGCCAUGUUUUCCACAGACUC